AUGCAAUCCUCCUGGCGACGACUAGCCAGAGAGACAGUGUCCAAAUGGCAAACGACCUGCUUUCGCCCGUCUAAUUUUUGCCUGAAACGAACCAAAUUAUCGCUUUUCCACCACCAACAUUUCAGAAGUAUCCAUGCUGUAGCACAUGCCCAACAGGCUACCUCUUCCCAUCCACCUCUAGACGCUGGUUUACACCAAACCCUACGUCGGGCAGGGCGGGAACACGCACAAGAGGAGAGUGAUUCACCUCUUCCCCCAGCCCGAAUUGCGUCUGCAGCAGCUCAGGCAGUGCGGUUCUCAGUCGCUUCAGGCGAACUCCCCGAAGCCUUUCUCGUCCUCAACUCCAUUCACCAUGCAAACAACAAGUCCACCACCACCCUCCUUAUCGACAAACUAAGCGGCCUUGUCCCAUUUUCCGCAUUCAAACAAUCCGCAAUACCGUUCCAAGAAGGCACACCCAUCCGCCUCGUCUCCCAUUCCCUACUUCACUCUCUCCUCCGUCAUGGACACCACGACCAAGCCGCGCGCCUCGCCGAGCAACUCAUGCAACAAGGCAUCCGCGUCCACAGCAAAUCCCUCGACCUCGUCUUCGCAGCCCUAACAAACCCCAAGUCCACGUUCAAAACCCUCCCACCUCCAAUCCAACCCUUCACAUCCAACAUCCUCUCCGCCACCCCCUCCCACACGCGCAUCCAACACGCAGGCGGCGCCUUCGCCCUCCGCCUCCUCGACAUCGCGCGCCAGUCCGGCCACAGACGCACCCGCAACAUGUUCAAAACCCUCAUCACACUUUGCGUCAUCAACGGCGAAAUUAUCGCUGCUUCCUUGAUUUUCGGGCUCCUCGUGAGGCACUGGAAUAAACAAGUCGAGGCGGAUAUGGCGCAGAACAAUGUGCCUGAGACGGAGGGUUUGACUAUUCGCCAGGCGAUCAAGUAUAGGGUGACGGCGUGGCCUUCAGAGAGUCGGUUGGACGAGAUCCUCGAGUCCAUUAAUACCGGGUUAUCGUACAAAGGCGAAGGCGUUUGGGGCUACUACGACGAUUCCUUGCAGGCCUUGGCCAAUCUCGGAGUCCUUUUAGACCAUCGCCUCAUACCAUUCGCAUCCCUGAGCGAGCUCAUACGACUGCUUUCACGCGGGACGCAGCUCGCAGGUUUCGUGGAAGUCCCAGACGAACCGGGAGGACCGACCCGCAAAGUCAGAGCGUCGCUCUACUUUAGCCAGGUCCUAACCCGCCUCAUACAAGACCUGCCCAGUGUCGAAGUCGAACACGCGUCCUUCCGCCCGCCGAUCAAACAGAAUGGCGGACACAUGCCCGCACUGGACCUCCCGAGCUACAACCGUCUCCUACGGUUCGCGUUCGAGCACCGGGAUUGGAAACAGCUCUCAGGGACGAUCUGGGAACAUAUGGUCCACCAACGCUCGCCACCGCUCAAGCCCGACCGAUACACUGUGAACAUCUACCAACAAGCGGCCGCCAAUCUCAAAGACCCAGAGCUCUGGGCACACGCUUCCCACUUCUCUGGAAUUUCCAAGCCCAAACAGUCCAACCCGGAAUCCUUGUUGGAAGAAUACGCUGCGACACUCAGGGUACGCAACCAAAGCACCAACGAAUUCGUCACCAAGAUCGACUUCCUCGUGUCUUCCGGUGCUCCAAAGCUUGCCGCUCGCUACUUCCUGUCCUACCUCCCAGGGUCCAACUCGGUUGACAAACCAGCGGAGAGUGUAGAUCAGAAAGUGCGUAUCAAGAACCUGAAGCGCGCAGCCCAGCAUGGUCCACGGUUAUUCGUCUCUGCUCUCAACGCGUUGAUGAAGGCUGGGCGUUUUGCUACGGCGGAAAAGGUUUUCCUAUGGGGGAAGAAGGCCGAGUUGCUGAGCUGGGAGGAUCGUAGAAUCCCAGCUUGGGUGCUCCCUAUCGAAGCCUACACCAUUAUGCUGUGGGUGUGCGAAGGCCAAAUCCGACGAUACUUGGUCCGAGCAAAGGCGUUUUCGACGUAUGGUUCCACCCGGACUCGACGACGAGCAGAGCAAAACCUGGACGAAGCUAAAGCUUUCCACCGAGCAGCGCGUCUCGUCUUCAAAACUGCCAUCAAGGACGCUAAAAAGUUCGCGGGUCGCAAACCCAGGUCUCGCAAGUUCCACCGAGACCAUAAACCACUCGCUGCGGAUGCUCUUUUCUUCAACGCUGCGUUGUCCGCGCGGUUGAAUGGUACAGGUUGA